GUAUUUUUCUGAUAUAAAAUUGAUAUUGAUAAGUUCUUUCAAGCGAUUUCUGAAAGAUAGAUGCAUUUUUGCUUCCUUUUCGAUAGAAAACUUUGCGAUUCUUCGGUUAGUUGAAUCAUAUUUUGUAGAAAUGUCGAAGGCCCUUAGUAAGAGGUCCAAAUGGAGUUUGGAUUGCACCAAAAAUGUAGUUAAAACUACGGAUAAUUUACCAGCACCCCCUGCUUAUAACCUUUCAAAUAUUCCAUCUAGCAAUGAAGUGACAAAGAAAGCAGAUAUAAGUCGAUUAAUCACUAAGAAAUCUUGGGAUAUCGCACUAGCACCAAUUAAGCAGGUUCCAAUGAAUUUGUUUAUUAUGUAUAUGGCAGGAAAUUCAAUAUCUAUAUUUCCAAUAAUGAUGGUGGGAAUGUUGCUACUCCGACCUAUACAAGCCAUUUGGGCUACAAAAAGUACCUUCAAAGUAAUUGAAACCAGUGCUGUUGGCCAAAUGAUCAUUUAUAUCUUAGGAAAUUUUGUUAACAUUGGGUUAGCUUUGUAUAAAUGCCAAAGUAUGGGUUUGUUACCAACUCAUUCUAGUGACUGGUUAGCUUUUGUAGAACCUCCAAUAAGACAGGAAUAUCUUGGUGGUGGAUUUAUAUUGGAAUAAGGUUUAGUUAAUAUAUAUCACAUUUAUUAAAUUCAAUGUUUAAUUA